AUGCAAUACAAAUACUCUUUAUUGACUGCUGCUUCCUUAGUUGGUUCAUCAAUUGCUGCUUACAUUCCAUCUGAACCAUGGGCUACUUUAACUCCAAAAGAACCAGCUCCAUCUGGUGCUGUUACUGAUUACACCAAAACUUUUGGUAUUGCUGUUGUUCCAUUUGCUACUUCAUCUGCUGCUCCAAAAGCUAAAAGAGAUGUUGUUUCUCAAAUUGGUGAUGGUCAAAUCCAAGCUACCACCGCUACUGCUAAACCAUCAGCUCAAGUUGUUUCUCAAAUAGGUGAUGGUCAAAUCCAAGCCACUACUUCAACUGCUCCAGCUCCAAAACCAACUGCUCAAGUUGUUUCUCAAAUUGGUGAUGGUCAAAUUCAAGCCACUACUUCAACUGCUAAACCAACUGCUCAAGUUGUUUCUCAAAUUGGUGAUGGUCAAAUUCAAGCUACCACUUCAACUGCUGCUCCAAAAUCAACUGCUCAAGUUGUUUCACAAAUCGGUGAUGGUCAAAUCCAAGCCACUACUUCAACUGCUCAAGUUGUCUCACAAAUUGGUGAUGGUCAAAUCCAAGCUACUACUAAAACCACUGAUGUUGCCUCCCAAAUUGGUGAUGGUCAAGUCCAAGCUACUUCAACUGCUUCAUCAGCUAAAGCCACCGAAAGUUCAUCAGGUAAAGAUUCAGGUAUUGACGUUCAAUCAAGUUCUUGUUUAACUGAUUCAUCAUUAGCUUUAACUUUGAAAGAUUCCGUUUUAACAGAUGCUCAUGGCCGUAUUGGUUCAAUUGUUGCCAACAGACAAUUCCAAUUUGAUGGUCCACCACCACAAGCCGGUGCCAUCUACGCUGCUGGUUGGUCUAUCACUGAAGAUGGUAACUUAGCUAUUGGUAACGUUUCCACUUUCUACCAAUGUUUAUCAGGUAACUUCUACAACUUAUAUGAUGAAUCAUUAGGUGAACAAUGUCAUCCAAUCCACUUAGAAAUUGUUGACUUAGUCAAAUGUUAA